GGAGCGGAUCAAAUGAAUCAAGAAAUAUAAUUUCAAUAAAUUGGCUUCAGUUGCUUCACACAGCUGUCGUUGUGAUGACGUGCUUUACCGGUGUAGCUCUUGUCCUCGGAGUAUUCUGUCUCGCGAUCUCUGCCGAAUAUUUGGAGCCAAAUUGCGGCAUUGGGGACAAUCCCAUGGGAUUUCGAAUAUUUAACGGCACAGACGCACAAAUCAAUAUCCAUUCAUGGAUGGCCUAUCUGCAUACUUUCAACAGAUUCGUUUGUGGUGGCACUCUCAUUCAUCCACGCUUCAUCCUCACUGCCGCCCACUGCUUGCAGCCUGGAUUGAAGGCCCGCCUUGGCGAAUAUGAUUAUAUGACCAGGAGAGAUUGCACCGUUCACGGUUGCUCUCCAAGAUCGGAGGAGCACGACAUUGACAUGUAUAUACCGCACGGAUAUUUUUCCUUAAAAACGGGAGCCAAUGACAUUGCGCUGCUCCGUUUGUCGCAGUCGGUGGAGUACAAGGAGCACAUAAAAUCAAUUUGCAUCAUCUUGGAUCCCUGGGAGAGGCCGUAUCUCCCUUACCUCAAACAUUUCAUCGCCACAGGCUGGGGCGAAACUGGAAGAAGCCGGACCCGUGGAUCGCUCCAGGAGGUAACCUUACAACGCUACGCACCCGAGCGCUGCGAAGCUCGUUUCACGAGGGUCCUGCAGGAGGAUCAAUUUUGUGCGGGCAGCCCCUACGGCGACACUUGUCAGGGCGACUCCGGAGGACCGCUCGGCCAGAGCUUGACCCAUAACGACGAGACGCGAUAUGUCCAGUUAGGAGUGGUUAGUUACGGGAGUUCGGAAUGCUCCGGCGUCGGGGUGUACACGGACGUUGUUGUCCAUACGCCGUGGAUCCAACGUAUGGUCCAAAUGUACAACAGAAAAUGAUUUUAUACAUUUGCCAUUGUAUUUGUAUAUAUGUAGCUUC